ACUACGAAAUCUUCCCUACGGUGUUCUCAUUUUGUUCACCAAUUCACGCCAUUUCCUUUUUCUCCUCUCUACUCCAAAAAAAUGCAUCUCUGGUUCCAUUAAUACGUGACGCUUGUCUUUUAUUAUAUCUUAUAUUUACUGGUCAAAUAAGCAACCUUAUUUCUACGUCAAACACACCAAAACAACAGCCUUUUGAUUCACGUUAAGCAACAUCUUUUGGUUAGUGUUGUUGUUGUUCUUCUUCUUCUGUCAAGAAUGGGAUCGCUUCCGGCCCUCGAUGAGCCCAGCUGGACGUACCCAUUAGCUCGCCGUGAUGAAUCUGUCUUUGAUAAUUAUCAUGGUGUCGACGUUCCUGAUCCUUAUAGAUGGCUGGAGGAUCCAGACUCAGAGGAGACAAAAGAGUUUGUUGAAAAGCAGGUGACUUUGACUGAUUCAGUGCUCAAAAUUUGCGAGACAAGAGAAAAGCUAAGGGAAAAACUCACGAAAUUGUUCGAUUUUCCUAAGUAUGAAGUUCCUUUUAGGGAAGGUGAUAAGUACUUUUACUUCCACAACACUGGCCUUCAACCUCAAAAAGUCCUUUACGUUCAGGAUAAUUUGGAUGGAAAGCCAGAGGUAUUGCUUGAUCCAAACACACUUAGUGAGGAUGGCACAGUUGCAUUAAGUAUAUGUGCAAUUAGUGAGGAUGCUAAUUAUUUGGCAUAUGGUAUCAGCUCAAGUGGUAGUGAUUGGGUGACAAUUAAAGUUAUGAGGGUGCAGGAUAAGUGCGACGAACCUGAUACAAUUUCUUGGGUUAAGUUCUCAAACGUCAGCUGGACUCGAGAUAGUAAAGGAUUUUUCUACAGCCGUUAUCCAGCUCCCAAGAACGGGGAAAAUUUGGACGUGGGGAGAGAGACAAAUGUAAAUUUGCACCACCAAGUGUAUUACCAUAGCUUGGGUACUAAUCAAUCUGAUGAUAUUUUGUGUUGGAAAGAUACAGAAAAUCCAAAGCAUAGACAUAUGGCUUCAGUUACCGAAGAUGGAAAGUAUGUUCUCCUAUAUACUUUUCGGAACUGUGACACAGUCAACAAAUUACAUUACUGUGACUUAUCUACACUACCUAAUGGAAUUGGAGAUUACAAAGGCAGAAGUGGGGCGCUUCCCUUUAAUAAGCUUGUCGACAAUUUUGAUGCAUCUUACGAUUAUGUUGCACAUAACGACUCCAUUUUCACUUUUCUGACUAAUAAAAAUGCUCCCAAAUACAAAUUAGUCAGAGUUGAUUUAGAAAAGUCUGAUUUUUGGUUUGAUAUUAUCGACGAGGAGGAAAAGGAUGUGCUUCAAUCAGCUGUUGCUGUUAAUGGAAAUCAACUUGUUGUGAGUUAUUUAAGAGAUGUGAAAAAUGUGUUGCAGUUAAGAGAUUUAGAAACAGGAGUUCUGCUUCAUCAUUUACCUAUUGAUAUUGGCAGAGUAUCAGGAAUUUCAGCUCGUCGCAAAGAUAAUUCUGUUUUUAUUGGAUUUAUGAAUUUCCUGAUUCCUGGAUUAAUAUAUGACUGUAACCUCAAGGGUGAAGUUCCUGAUCUGAAAGUAUUUCGAGAAAUUGUUGUCCCUGGAUUUAAUCGGACAGAGUUCCAAGUUAAUCAGGUUUUCGUGCCGAGUAAAGAUGGUGUCAAAAUACCAAUAUUCAUAGUUUCUAGAAAGAAUAUUUCUUUGGAUGGAUCCAACCCUUGUUUAUUAUUUGGAUAUGGUGGAUUCAAUGUCAGUCUUACACCAUCUUUUUCUGCUGCUCGAGUUGUACUUUCAAAGCAUUUAGGUGUAGUUUUUUGCAUAGCAAAUAUUCGUGGUGGUGGGGAAUAUGGAGAAGAGUGGUAUAAAGCUGGUGCUCUUUCCAAAAAGCAAAAUUGCUUUGAUGAUUUUAUUUCUGCUGCUGAGUAUCUUGUUACUGCUGGUUAUACACAGCCACAUAAAUUAUGUAUUGAAGGUGGAAGCAAUGGCGGUCUUCUUGUUGGAGCCUGCGUCAAUCAGAGACCUGAUCUAUUUGGAUGUGCUCUUGCCCAUGUUGGUGUUAUGGAUAUGUUAAGAUUUCACAAGUUCACUAUAGGCCAUGCAUGGAUUUCUGAUUUUGGCUGUUCAGAUAAGGAGGAAGAGUUUCAAUGGCUAAUCAAGUAUUCACCACUGCAUAAUGUAAGGAGGCCAUGGGAACAAUUUGCUAUUAAAGCAUAUCAGUAUCCUUCGAUUAUGUUAUUGACUGCAGAUCAUGAUGAUCGAGUGGUUCCAUUGCACUCGUUGAAACUAUUGGCUACAAUGCAAUAUGUCCUGUGCACAAGCGUGGAGAGAAGUCCGCAGACGAACCCCAUAAUUGGUAGGAUUGAACGAAAGGCAGGUCAUGGAUGUGGACGUCCAACACAAAAACUUAUUGAUGAAGCUGCAGACAGAUAUGCAUUCAUGGCUAAGGAAUUAGGUGCAUCUUGGUUUGAAUAGAUAAAGUUGGUAUAAACUAACAACAACAAUAACGACAACAACAAUUUCGCCUCGGUCCCAAAAAAGUUGAGGUGAUGCCGAUAUAAAACAUCGUAAGGAAAACAAUGGAAGAAUGAGCUGGUCGCGUUUGGUUGUCCUCACAGUUGGUGCUUCAUUUCCAAAUAAAGGAAUCUGUUUACAAAAGCAGUCUCAGAAAUAAUAAAAGCUUCCACCGUUUUAGUAUCAUUUUGGAUAGCCAGAAUACUGAUGUAUAGCAUGCAACAGUGAUCUCAAUACAGAUAAUAUUCCUAUGAAAGGGAAAUUGGUAUAUUUGGAUACAAUCCUUCGCCCCUUUUUUUCUUUUUUUUUUUUUGGACGAAGAAUUGUUAAAUAGUAGUAUAAAAAUAAUGAGUACCGGUGCAGUAAUAUUUUUGUAAAAAUUACAUGGGGCGCCCUAUUUAUACCCGUUUUGUUUUUCC